AGAAACAACGUCGAUUAGACAUGUCCUUGAAUUUCCACUUAACCGCUUUAUCGAUAGACGGUCGUACUAUUAUGCUGAACCGAUUACAUGAGGGUCGGAAGUAUCGGGUUAAUUGCUUUUCAUGUCAAUUUCACACACUUAAAUUACGAGAAAAUGAAGAAAAUUGAAUUGAUGUCUGCAAAUUCAAGUAAGAACAAAUGCAUUCUAGUGAGCGAUAAUGAAACAAGCUUUCACCUUAUCUACCAAACAACGAGGGUUCUUAAGACAAUAUUUUUCACGAUACCAAGUUCAUUUUAGAAAGAGUACUAUGGUGGGACCAGUUUUCACGAGAGUCUAAAUUCACGCGCGCGAGCGCUCGGGCUUUUUGUUCUCUGAAGCAGUAUAUAAAAUAAAGAUAUCAGUAUGAAAUUAGGAUUUUGUUUAGUGUUUUUUUUAUUAAGUGUGAGCUGCUACGCCAGACCAAGGAAUAAAAGACAGGUUGAGCAUUAUAAUGCUUCUAACGGAAAUCAAACUGUAAGUCAAAUUCUACAAAAUAUCUUCGGAUCAUCAGAUCCCGAAAAUGCAGGAAUAUUCAUAAUACCUUACAACAAAACCGCUGGAGAUGAAGCGAACGGGGGAUUAUCAGGGGGUAUUUCGGUCGGUGCAGAUGGUUCGGUCUCAUCAGGGGCAUCGGGUAGUGGCGAUGAAGCUACAGAAAUGAACGGUGGAUCUUCAGACUCUUCUGCAUCCGAUGGAGGUUCUACGGUUAUCGGUGGAGGGGAAUCAGAGUCCUCCGGAGGAUCGUCAGGUUCGUCAGAAAAUAGUGGUGGCUCUUCGAUACCAAUUACAGUACUUCCGCAACCAUCAGGAUCCGGAGAAGGUUCGGAAGGAGCGGGAGGUGAAUCGUCUGGAUCCUCCAAGUCUUCAUCUGAAUCCUCUGAAUCGUCAGGGAAUGGCGGUGGCUCUUCGAUACCAAUUACAGUACUUCCGCAGCCAUCAGGAUCCGGAGAAGGUUCGGAAGGAUCGGGAGGUGAAUUAUCUGGAUCCGGAGAAGGUUCGGAAGGAUCGGGAGGUGAAUUAUCUGGAUCCUCUGGAUCGUCGUCUGAAUCUUCAGAAUCAUCAGGAAAUGGCGGUGGCUCUUCAAUACCAAUUACAGUACUUCCGCAACCAUCAGGAUCUGGAGAAGGUUCGGAAGGAUCGGGAGGUGAAUUAUCAGGAUCCGGAGAAGGUUCGGAAGGAUCGGGAGGUGAAUUAUCUGGAUCCUCCGGGUCGUCGUCUGAAUCUUCAGAAUCAUCAGGAAAUGGCGGUGGCUCUUCAAUACCAAUUACAGUACUUCCGCAACCAUCAGGAUCCGGAGAAGGUUCGGAAGGAGCGGGAGGUGAAUCGUCUGGAUCCUCCGAGUCUUCGUCUGAAUCCUCUGAAUCGUCAGGGAAUGGCGGUGGCUCUUCGAUACCAAUUACAGUACUUCCGCAGCCAUCAGGAUCCGGAGAAGGUUCGGAAGGAUCGGGAGGUGAAUUAUCUGGAUCCUCUGGAUCGUCGUCUGAAUCUUCAGAAUCAUCAGGAAAUGGCGGUGGCUCUUCAAUACCAAUUACAGUACUUCCGCAACCAUCAGGAUCUGGAGAAGGUUCCGAAGGAUCGGAAGGUGAAUUAUCUGGAUCCGGAGAAGGUUCGGAAGGAUCAGGAAGUGAGUUAUCUGGAUCCGGAGAAGGUUCUGAAGGAUCGGCCGGUGAAUCAUCUGGAUCCUCCGGGUCGUCAUCUGAAUCUUCCGAAUCGUCAGGGAGUGGCGGUGGAUCAUCAGAACAUGGCGGUGGCUCUUCAAUACCAAUUACAGUACUUCCGCAACCAUCAGGAUCUGGAGAAGGUUCCGAAGGAUCGGAAGGUGAAUUAUCUGGUUCCGGAGAAGGUUCGGAAGGAUCAGGAAGUGAGUUAUCUGGAUCCGAAGAAGGUUCUGAAGGAUCGGCCGGUGAAUCAUCUGGAUCCUCCGGGUCGUCAUCUGAAUCUUCCGAAUCGUCAGGGAGUGGCGGUAGCUCUUCCAUACCAAUUACAGUACUUCCGCAACCAUCAGGAUCUGGAGAAGGUUCGGAAGGAUCGGGAGGUGAAUUAUCUGGAUCCGGAGAAAGUUCGGAAGCAUCAGGAGGUGAAUUAUCUGGAGCCGGAGAAGGUUCAGAAGGAUCGGGAGGUGAAUUAUCUGGAUCCGGAGAAGGUUCGGAGGGAUCAGGAGGUGAAUUAUCUGGAUCCGGAGAACGUUCAGAAGGAUCGGGAGGUGAAUUAUCUGGAUCCGGAGAAGGUUCGGAAGCAUCGGGAGGUGAAUUAUCUGGAGCUGGAGAAGGUUCAGAAGGAUCAAGAGGUGAAUUAUCUGGAUCCGGAGAAGGUUCGGAAGGAUCGGCCGGUGAAUCAUCUGGAUCCUCCGGAUCGUCAUCUGAAUCUUCCGAAUCGUCAGGGAAUGGUGGUGGCUCUUCCAUACCAAUUACAGUACUUCCGCAACCAUCAGAAUCUGGAGAAGGUUCGGAAGGAGCGGGAGGUGAAUCGUCUGGAUCCUCCGGGUCUUCGUCUGAAUCUUCUGGAUCGUCAGGGAAUGACAGUGGCUCUUCCAUACCAAUUACAGUACUUCCGCAACCAUCAGGAUCUGGAGAAGGAUCAGAAGGAUCGGGAGGUGAAUCGUCUGGCUCUUCAGAAACGAGCGGAGGUUCCUCGGAAUGGUCAGGAACAAGUAGUGGCUCAGGAUCAAGUGCCAAUUUAGAAAACAGAAAUGGAUCAGAUGAUGAUUCAAGUUCAGAAUCCAGCGGCGAAGGGGCUGGGUCCUCAGGAAUGAGCGGAGGAUCUUCUGAAUCAUCAGAAAAUGGCGGUGGCUCUUCAAUACCAAUUACAGUACUUCCGCAACCAUCAGGAUCUGGAGAAGUUUCGGAAGGAUCGGGAGGUGAAUUAUCUGGAUCCGGAGAAGGUUCGGAAGGAUCAGGAGGUGAAUUAUCUGGAGCCGGAAAAGGUUCAGAAGGAUCGGGAGGUGAAUUAUCUGGAUCCGGAGAAGGUUCGGAAGGAUCGGGAGGUGAAUCGUCUGGAUCCUCCGGGUCGUCGUCUGAAUCUUCUGGAUCGUCAGGGAAUAACGGUGGCUCUUCCAUACCAAUUACAGUUCUUCCCCAACCAUCAGGAUCUGGAGAAGGAUCGGAAGGAUCGGGAGGUGAAUCGUCUGGUUCUUCAGAAACGAGCGGAGAUUCCUCGGAAUGGUCAGGAACAAGUAGUGGCUCCGGAUCAAGUGCCAAUUUAGAGAACAGAAAUGGAUCAGAUGAUGAUUCAAGUUCAGAAUCCAGCGGCGAAGGGGCUGGGUCCUCAGGAAUGAGUGGAGGAUCUUCUGAAUCAUCAGACAAUGGCGGUGGCUCUUCAAUACCAAUUACAGUACUUCCGCAACCAUCAGGAUCUGGAGAAGGUUCGGAAGGAUCGGGAGGUGAAUUAUCUGGAUCCGGAGAAGGUUCGGAAGGAUCAGGAGGUGAAUUAUCUGGAUCCGGAGAAGGUUCGGAAGGAUCAGGAGGUGAAUUAUCUGGAUCCGGAGAAGGUUCAGAAGGAUCGGGAGGUGAAUUAUCUGGAUCCGGAGAAGGUUCGGAAGCAUCAGGAGGUGAAUUAUCUGGAGCCGGAGAAGGUUCGGAAGGAGCGGGAGGUGAAUCGUCUGGAUCCUCCGGGUCGUCGUCUGAAUCUUCUGAAUCGUCAGGGAAUAACGGUGGCUCUUCCAUACCAAUUACAGUUCUUCCGCAACCAUCAGGAUCUGGAGAAGGAUCGGAAGGAUCGGCAGGUGAAUCGUCUGGGUCCGCGGAAUCUUCUGAAUCGUCAGGGAAUAGCGGUGGCUCCUCGAUACCGGUCACAGUAGUAUCAGAACCGUCGGGAUCGGCAGGAGGUUCAGUUGAAAAUGGUGGAGGUGUUUCUGGAUCCUCCGUAGCAAGCGGAGGAUCUUCUGAAUCUUCAGAAACGAUUAAUAACUCGGGAUCAAGUGGUAACUUGGAAAACAUCAACGGAGCAGGAGAUUGUGUGCCAUAUCCUCGAUAUUCCACAGAGACAUUACCCGAUGUAGAUCCGGGACUCUACGUCGUUAACGGCUGCCCACCACCUUUCAAUAAUACCGAAAAGAAUUACAAUCUUUAUGGAGAUGUAAUGUUGUCUCUUGACAACAUAUGGCUGUGGCCCUACCGAGUAUUGAUGGACGCAGUCGGCGGUUUGCAGCAUAUAUUCAAUAUCAGAACAUAGGCCGUUGAGUUCAAAUUUUACAAGAAUCAUUGUACUGAAAUACAUAGUUCAAAUUUGCAUAUUCAA